AUGGAACCAGUCAAGCACCAAAACCACCAAGCUAAUUUGAGCAAAUUCAGCAAUACCCACCUAUUGUAUUUGUUCUCUGUGAUACUGCUUUGUUCUUCACUAUUUCCUUUCAUAUUCAAGUUAAUGCAAUUGCUUAGCUGCAAGAUGGGCAAGAACUACAUGUUCCUUCUUUGCAAUGGGAUUCUUGUUUUAAUUGUCAAGAUUUCAGGUCUCAUGAACAAUUCUCAACCUCAAGAAACUAAUCAUGUUAUUGAUGAGAGCAGCAUAAAGAUUGGAGGGAGCCCCAAGAAAUCAAUUGAAUUGUCAGAGUUGAAAACAGAGGUUGCAGAGGAAAAAUAUGUCGCCAUGGAAGUUAAAGAAGUGCAAGAAAUGCAACAGAAGUCUUUGACUGUAGUAAGAAAUGUUCACUUGAUCACACAAGACAUAGCUGAUGAUCAAAUUGAGGAAGAUGAACAAGAAGAAGAAGCUGGAUUGUUGAGUGCAGAAGAGUUAAACAAGAAAUGUGAAGAUUUUAUAAGAAAAAUGAAAGAAGGAAUCAAAUUUGAAGCUCAACAAGUCUUUGUUUAUUAG